UAGUAAAAACCCAAAAGCCCAAACAAAAACCCAAUCAAAUCUCGCCUCGCCUGCAGCCCGUCGCCCAAUCCAAUCCCCACGCGUCGCCGCCGCCUUCCGGCGAUUCCAGCCAGCCCCCGCCACGCCGCCGAAGCUUCCCGACCCCCGCUGCGGUUCGGAUAAGGUCGCCGCGACCUGCCCCCUUCCAUCCUCGCUCCGCUCGGCCCCGGGACCCCAUCGGGCUGGAUCUAGGGUUGCGUGGGGAGGGGUUUUGGAAGCCCCCGCCGCGAUGGAGGCGGCGGGCGAUCCUGCCGGCGACGCCCGCACCUUCAAGGCCGACUUUACCGCCACCGGCAUGGAGCUGCUCCGGGGGCGCGUGCGGGAGAAGCUGCGCGAGUUCAUGAGCGGCCCCGACGACAAACUCGUGGAUUAUGUUAUUCUCUUGCUAAGCAAUGGAAGACGCAAGGAUGAGGCCAGUAAGGAGCUUUGUAUAUUUCUAAAGGAUGAUAGUGCAGCAUUCAUUUCCUGGUUGUGGGAUCAUCUUUCUGUACACUUGCACCUUUAUGUGCAAGCACAAGAACAAAACCAGGAGGAGAUUGAGGAUGAUGAGGCCCCCAAAGUAAUAUCUGGAAGACAAAAAUUAUCAGAGGUGCUCUCGAGAAGCAAAGGUCAAACUCAUUCUGAGCACACAAUUGAAUCAAGUACAACCACUAGAAGACAGAAUAAGAGGGAGUGGAAAGGAAUUGGUCUGGAGGGUAAUGAAAAAUUUCCACUUCGAAGUGUACUAACUGAUAUUCUUCACGGAGAGGAGAAAAGAUCGCAAAAGUCCAAUGAAAUACGACACCCUACAUCAAAACAACAGAACGGCAGGAAGCGUGACAGGGACGAUGAGCCACAGCAAACGAAGUCUUCACGUUCCAUGCUUGGUGGUGGUGCUUCCCGUCGUCUUCUACAAUUCGCUGUUCGAGAUGCUGUAAAAGCUGUACAGCCAGCAAGCAGCUCUGCUGAAUCAGCAUCCAAGCGUCUACGCUCUGUGGUCUCCACAUCAUCUGCAGACAACCUGCAUGAUAAGAGAUCAGGAAAAUCUCAAGACAACCUGCAUGAUAAGAGAUCAGGAAGAUCUCAAGACAACCUGCAUGAUAAGAGACCAGAAAGAUCUCAAGACAACCUAAGUGAUAGAAGAUCAGAAAGAACUAGGCCGAUUCUGCAGGUAAAAGGAGCUGCUUUAGCUCUCAGGGCUGCCGCGGAGGCUGCUGCAGAUUCUACAAAAGUUAGAUCUACUGGAAGUGUUUUCAAGCGAUUGGGUCAAGAGAAUGUUGUAAAACAGCCAUCUCGUUCUCGUGAAGAGAAGAGAGAUUAUGAGGAUUUUGAACCAGUUACUACCGUAGAGGAACAUAAUUCUGAUCGAUAUGAUAAUGAUGAGGAAUCUGAAGAGGAAUCUGGAGAGCUGACCAUGGCAGAUAGGGAAGCUGAAAUGAAUGUUGAUUCGACUUCUGAUGAUGAUGUGAACCGAGAUGAAGGGAUUACAGGAUGCCAAAGUUCUGGUUCACAUGAAGAUGCUUUCUCAUCAUUUGCAGAGAAGAAAGCUUUAUUGGCAAAAUGCAGCAUUGAACCAGAGACCAAUGCAGUGAGGCCUUCAAGUGUGAUCAAUGAGGAGCAACCUGUUUCUUCAUUGACAAUAACAGCAAAUAAAUCUGUGGCUAUUUCUGCUGAUGUGAAUACUGUGGAACCUCUCAAUUAUGAAACACCAAAAGAUGUUCAUGUUGUGGAGAAGCCUUACAUCACACCCAUGAAUGCAAAUGCCACCAGUCUGGCUAGUAAUGUCAAAGAACCAAGUCAUGCAGAAGUUCAAAAGGAUUCUCAGCGGUCUGCACCAUCUGUUGCAGUUUCAUAUAGCACAGCGCAUCCGACUGAGGAUGCAGAUUCGAGAACCCUCUAUGUCAGUAAUGUUCACUUUGCUGCCACCAAGGACUCAUUAUCUCGCCAUUUCAACAAGUUUGGUGCUGUUCUGAAAGUAGUCAUCGUCACUAAUGCUGCAACGGGGCAGCCAACAGGAUCUGCAUACGUAGAGUUUUUACACAAAGAAUCAGCUGAGCGAGCUUUGUCAUUGAAUGGUACAUCAUUUAUGACACGGAUUCUCAAGGUCGUCCGGCGAAGUUCUCAUGAAGCCGCUCACUUUUAUGGUUGGCCUGGUAGUGGACGAUCAUCUAUGUAUGCCAGGCACGGUAGAAUGGCAUACCCGAGGGCUGUUCUCCCUGGCAGUUCCUUUAGAGGGCGUGCUCCGAUGAAAGCUGGUGCUAGAAGUUUACAGUGGAAACGUGAGCCUUCAGGCACUGAUUCAAGUGCAGGUACGAAACCUGACAUGAGUGUGCCAUUGUCAUCUGAACAGGUUCUCCCACCUGCCACAUAGUGGAGCAUAUUAUAGUUGAGCUGACAAUGAGAACCAAUUGUUAUCUUGCUCGUUGCCCCGAAUGGUUGAAUCAGGACAACAAACUGAGAAGAUUGUUCUUGCAAACCUACUGUUUUGUAAAAAGACCAAAAAAAGCACGAAAAAUACAAAAAAGCUAAAAAUAAGAAAAUGGGGGAGGAGUUUGGUGUCUGAAUAUGAUAAGCUACCAUGCUGGUAAUUGCAGUUCGUCCUCUUCUUUAUAUGUGAAUAGGCUGGCAUAUUACGUGAGCAGUUAUCAUCAGACUCCAGCCAUCUGAAAGAGGCUUCUUCACAUUUGAAAUAAUUGCGACCUUUUUGGUUGUAUUGGUGGUCGCAUGGUUAAGGAUCGAUGAACAUAUGCUUGGAUGGCAGAUGCAUCAAGUACACCAAGAUGAGGAGCAGUUUCUGGACAAGAUAUUUAUCAACAAUCAGUGCUUUAUCAAUGUAAGCAUCAAUUGUAUAGCAACAAACCUAUUUUUAUAUUUGUACUCUUCUCUGAAUCAAUCUCUUUCCCAACAAAAAAAAGGAAAAAAGGAAAAUAAAAAGUGUUCAUCUCUUUUUGUUUUUUCU